AUGCCCACCUUUCUGCCUUCCAACAAGCAUGACCUGCACCACCUCAGAGCUCCUAUCCCGAAAAAUGCUUCACCCAGAGUAUUAGCAGCCAAGAACCAUGUGGUGGCCAUGAUGGGAGAGUUUGUGGGGACGACAUUGUUCAUUCUGUUCUGCCUAGGCGGUACUCAUGUAGCGCAAUUGCCGGCAUUGUCUAUCACCUCAUCCAGCGAGGGUGCUAUCAACACCUCUAGCUUGUUCUACAUUUCGCUGUCUUUCGGUCUUUCACUCGCUGUCAAUGUGUGGAUAUUCUUUAGAGUAUCGGGAGGUCUCUUUAACCCUGCUGUAUCUCUAGGCAUGGUGCUAGGCGGAGCAUUACCACCCCUCAGAGGCCUGCUCUUGACUGUUUCACAGGUUCUGGGAGGACUGGCAGGCUCAGCCAUUGCGGAUGCGCUGGUGCCCGGAAAGCUCAAUGCUGGAUGUGCGCUGGGAGGAGGAACGUCGAUUGUUCAGGGGCUUUUCAUUGAGGUGUUUAUGACUGCACUCUUGAUGCUCACAAUCUUCUUCCUUGCGGCAGAGAAGAAUAAAGCCACUCCUAUGGCGCCCCUCGGUAUUGGAAUGGCUCUAUUCAUUGCCGAGAUAUUCAGUGUCUACUAUACUGGAGGAGCUUUGAACCCCGCACGUGCUUUCGGACCAGCUGUCGUAACCCAUACAUUCCCUGGAUAUCACUGGAUAUACUGGGUUGGUCCAGGUCUCGGAGCUUUGAUGGCCACGGGCUUCUACAAGCUCUUGAAGUGGCUCGAGUACGAGACGGUUCUCCAGGCAGACGACGGUCAGUCUUAUGAGGACGGAGAGGGACCGGGUCCGGAGGCCAGGGAUGAAGAAGCAGCAAGAGUCGAAUCCACCGAUAAACCACGGGCUCAACAACCCUCAGAGGCAGUGUAUGAUCUUCAGAGCGCUGCUAGGAUCAACUCCCGACUGGCGAGGAUAGAAGUGCUCCUGAGCCAAGUGCUAGAAGCUCAGGCAGCACAGGCGGCCAGGGCCAUGUGA